AUGCAGCCGCAAGAUUUGGUUUCGCUAGCAAUGAAUCACAGCACACCAUCAGGUACACGUCGAAUGCAUUCAUUACAGCGAUCCGCUGGCAGAUACUUCUACCAGUGGGCUGUACAGAUAGGAGAGCAGCUUUCACGUUUUAUUGAGCAGACCGAGGUCAAAGACAAACAGCUUUUAAAGAUGGAAGACACUAUGGAGGACUUUUUUGACGACUUGAAUGAUCGCGAACGAAGAAUCAGCUUAUCAACAGCUGAGGAGGAUUCGCCUAGAGGCUCCAAAGAUACCAUUGAAGAAGUUGUAAUCGACAAGAAAGGUAUAUUGGCUUCUAAAGUGUCUACAAGCAUUAAACUUUGAGC